AAAUAAUUCUGAUUGUGGUGUUUACCAAUUGGGCCUUUUUUUAAUUGUCAUUUAUUUUAAUUACUAUUAUUUUUUCUUGUUCUUAUAAUGAUCUAUUUCCUAUGUCUCUGGACAGUGAAAACCAAAGUUAUUUCUUAUCAAAUCUAUUAAAACAUCUUAACCAAACUAAUUCCGAUUCACUGGAAACCUUGGAAAGAGAGAAUCUUCAUUUCAUCAUAACUGAUCAUCUAAUUGCCACUUUUGAAGAAAUUAAAUGUGACAUUUUCCUAGCCAAACAUCAUGCUCAAGCUGGUCAACAACAACAACAGCAACUACAACUACAACAAUCCCACCAACAGUCAUCAUCUUCUACAAUCAUAACCUCACCUGAUGAGGUUAAUGAUGGUGAAGGUGAAACACCAACAACACUUUCAUCUGGAUCCUCAUCGGUUCCUUCAUCUUACCAAGAUGGAAUCAAUCUUUCAUCAUCAGAUUGGUUAAGUAGUGGUGGAGGCGUAGGUAGUGGUAGUAAUGGUGGUUGUGGAUCAGGAAGUGGAGGAGGUGAUCAAAGAAAUUCUGAAUCAGAUGUUUUCAGCCCAAUCGUUGAUACAGAUUCCUUACAAGUCUCUAAAAUUGCUUCUAAAUACGAGACAGGACUUACCUCUUUCUCUGAAUCCAUUUCAAAUUUAAGUGAAAUCAGUUCUUGUGUGGCUUUGGACCUUGAUAAUAAAACAGGAACAGAAAUGUCUUCUUUGGGACGAUUGGAUAACACUGAAUUAGCGGACAGUUCAGCGGAAUCUGUAGCUGUUCAGUUGUUGACAAAUUAUUCUCAAAAACCAUUAUUCCGAAGAUCUUCCCUUCAACCCUUAACGAUGAGCUCGCCAACCUCUAGUACCGAACCUCGAACCAGUACCAAAUCUUUACCCAUCCGUCGCAGUGGAAGCUCAUGUUAUUCCCUUUUUUCAAAUACAAGUCCAAUUGUUACAAAUCAUUCAUCAUUUCAAUCACUUUCAACAUCUCACCUUCAAGCUGCACUUUCAUCAGCAACCCGAUCAUCAUCGUCAUCUUCAAACAUUAAACUUCGUGGUAAUUCACAUUGGGCACCCUUACGACCUCAACUUAUAUGCAACAUUCAACGACCAACAGACAAAUUUACCCAAUGGCAUAAUCAAAAUCAACGAUGUGCCGGUUGUGGUCUUCAAAUUGAUUCUAAAAGUAAAGAAUUCCAUGGAAUAUUAUUCUGCUAUUAUACAGGGAAAUUUUUCUGUCGCCUUGGCUGUCAUUCGGGACGUAAAGCUAUUCUACCCGCUUUUGUUUUACACAAAUGGGAUUUCACCUAUUAUCCGAUCUCCAAUUUUGCCGUUAAAUUUUUGGAAAAAAUUCGCGAAGAACCUUUAUUUCACAUAAAUGAUCAAAAUCCAAGCCUUUACAAACGAGUUAAACAAUUAAACAAACUAUUAGACCUUAGGUAUCAACUAAAAUCGUUGAUGGAAUACAUUUCAACCUGUAAAAAUGCAACUGAAUCAAUUCAUUGUUUCAAUUCAUUUGAACCUCAACAUUUUAUCAAAAAUGAUAUUAACCUUUACUCUCUAGAAGAUUUCAUCACAAUCAAACGAUCGAAAAAACUUUUAGAAUCAUGUUGGUCUCUAGUCAAAGAAUCAAUUAAUCACGUUUCUCGAUGUGAUUAUUGUAAAGCUCGUGGUUAUUUCUGUGAACUUUGUAAUAAGAAAGAUGUUCUAUUUCCAUUUGAAAUUGGUCGAAUUCAUCAAUGUGCCGCUUGUCAUACCUGUUAUCAUCUUUUCUGUUAUAAUCAUCAGGCCAAUCAAAAAUGUUCCAAAUGCUGUAGAAUACAAGCCCGCCGUUCAAUAGAUUCUCAAUAUAAUUCCCAGCAAAUGAAAACAGUUAAUCAAAGUGAUCAUUUAGUUACAACAAGUGAUGGAGAAAAUCAUCUCAAAGAGAUACCAGAAAUGCCGGAAAAUCAUUAUCAUGACACUUCAUCAUUUCAACCAUGUUUACCAUCACCUUCAGAAUUGUCAACAACAACAACAUCAACCACCAAAAAACCCUAGAUACUUAUAUAUGUAUAAAUAUUUAACUAAAUGAACGCAGUUAUUUUUAAUCAACACUAAUUUCCUAAAAAUUUAAUCACACUCAAGAUAAUUGCGAGAAGUGUAACAAAAACGUUUAUACAAUGAUCACUUUGUUUACUAUGUCUCUCUCUCUCUCUCUCUCUCUCUCUCUCUCUCUCUCUUGCUCUUUUCUCAUCCUAAGUGUACAACAAUUUAAAUCUAUCAUGUUAAUUAACAGCAAUUAACAAGAGCCCUUGAUAUGCAUUUAGUCUCUCUCUAUUUCUGCUUUUCCUCGCCCACCCCGACCAAAUAAACCACCCUAAGCAAGAGCAAAAAUAUCAACUAAUUAACCAAAUUUGAUGAUUGUGAUCAUUUUUUUCUAAUUAUUAUUUUAAUAAUUAUUCAUUACAAUUGGAUUUACUUAA